UGCCACCCUUCCCGGUGCAGCCCCGGCCCAGCACCGCCUCCCCCCGCCCCACAGCACGUGGUGCUCUACCCGCUGGUGGCCAAGAGCCUGCGCAACAUCGCGGCAGGGAAGGACCCGCUGGAGGGGCAGCGGCACUGCUGCAGCAUCGCCCAGCUGCACGAGCACUACUCCCUGGGCUACCCCGACCUUGACGAGCUCCAGAGGAACCCUCAGCCCCUCAUCUUUGACAUCGAAGUGCUCAAGGUGGAGGCACCCGGCUCCUACCAGCAAGACCCGUGGGCCAUGACGGAUGAGGAGAAGCUGCAGGCUGUACCUGUGAUCCACAAAGAGGGCAACGAGCUGUACCGGCAGGGCCAGGUGCAGGAGGCAGCUGCCAAAUACUACGAUGCCAUCGCCUGUCUCAAAAACCUGCAGAUGAAGGAGCAGCCUGGCUCUCCAGACUGGAUCGAGCUCGACCAGAAGAUCACACCCCUGCUGUUAAAUUACUGCCAAUGCAAGCUGCAGUGCGAGGAGUACUACGAGGUGCUGGAUCACUGCUCCUCCAUUCUCAACAAGUACGAGGACAACGUCAAGGCCUAUUUCAAGCGGGGGAAGGCCCACGCAGCAGUGUGGAAUGUUGCAGAGGCGCAGGCAGACUUUGCCAAAGUGCUGUCCCUCGACCCCUCGCUGCGCCCCGUCGUCUCCAAGGAGCUGCGGAGCCUGGACGCCCGCCUGCGCGAGAAGGACGCUGAGGACAAGAUCCGCUUCAAGGGCAUCUUCUCGCAGUAGAACCCUCGACCCCAGCGGAGAGCCCAACGCUCUCUGAACAGGUUCUUUUAGAUAUUCCACAUGUGGAAUGGUCAUUGACAUUUAUUAAUGUUUAAUACAAGUUUUACUUAUUUGAAGUCAUUUCAAGUGGCCCGGGAGCCCGCCACAGCCCGGUGACACGGCAGUGCACUUAAGUCACAGUAUUAAGCAGCGUACAGCAAGCACAGCGCAUGGUUGAAGCGCAAGCUAAAGGUGAAGCUCCUGGCUGGGCUCUAGACUACGCUCAUCGUCACACCGGGAAGGGACACGUGGGGUGACACAAGCCCAAGCCUGCUGCUCUCUGCCAAAUUCUUUUAUUCAUUGUUUGAUGGUUUUAUACUUUAUGUUGGGCCGAGCCACCAUGUCUGGGGCUGGCCAAGCUGUUUACAGCCGUGGGCGCUGUGGUGCCAAGCCUUGGCCCCAGCUCUUACCCCUUCCUGCCUGUACUCUGCACCACGUCCUGCAUCGUCAUGUCUCAAAGCUGCUGCUAUCAUCCCCAGCCCACAGUUCCUCCAUACUACAUCAUCGUGUCAGCGUCGUAAAUAUUUUAUAUAAAAUAACUGCUUGUUACUGCUAUCUAUAUAAAACUCUGGUCGUGCUAUGCCAAGAUAAACAAAAGUAAAACUA